GCUGCUGAAAAUGGAAGCAUGGAAUCAAAACCCCAUGUGGUAGGAGUUGGAGUUAUUCUUAACUUAGCCUCCCCUCUGGGGCAGAUGGCAGAGGGCUACAUAUCCAUGGCGGUCUCUGACUUCUACGCCAUACAUGCUAAUUAUAGGACAAGGCUGGCUCUUUCAGUCAAGGACUCUGUGGGAGAUGUUGUUGAGGCAGCAUCAGCCGCUUUAGAAUUGAUAAACGAUGAACAAGUGCAGGCUAUAAUAGGGCCGCAAACUUCAACAGAAGCAAAGUUUCUGAUAGAUCUUGGAGACAGAGCUCAAAUUCCCAUAAUUUCAUUUUCAGCUACCAGUCCCUCACUGUCUCCAACUCAGAACCCAUUUUUCAUUCGGACAGCACAAGAUGAUUGCUCACAAGUUAAAGCUCUCACUUCCAUUGUUGAAACAUAUGGAUGGAAAGAGGUUAUUCUAAUCUAUGAAGACAUAGAAUAUGGAAAUGGUCUGAUUCCAUAUUUAACAGAUGCCCUCCAGGUGAUCAGCAUCAGAGUCCCUCACAGAAGCAUCAUCUCACCAAAUUCCAGUCAAUUUGAAAUCUUGAAACAGCUAAACAUGAUAAUGGCAAGGGAGACAAGGAUACUACUGGUUCAUGUGUCGGCUUCACUUGGUUCGAAACUGUUUAGGCUUGCAAAACAGAUUGGCAUGAUGAGUGAAGGGUAUGCAUGGAUCAUUACUAAAGGGCUAUCAUCGUUGUUAGAUCCUUUGCGGAAAAAAGUCUUUGGUUCAAUGCAUGGUGUUGUGGGUGUGAGGCCCUAUUUGCCAAACUCAAAACGUCUUCAAGAUUUCAAAACCAGAUGGAAUAAGACUUCAGGGGAUAUAAAUCUCUUCGGUUUGUGGGCAUAUGACACUGUAUGGGCAUUGGCUAUGGCUGCUGAAUCAUUGACUCCAACUGCCUUGGUAAGCCACAAUUCUAGUAUAAACAGUAUUGAACCCUUCGGUCUAAGAGUGUCAAAAUCAGGUCCACAGUUUCUGCAAAAGUUGCUGAAUAUUAAAUUUGAGGGCCUAAGCGGAGAGUUUAAUUUGAUUAGAGGGCAGUUGAAACCUACAGACUAUGAAAUAAUCAAUAUCAGAGGGAAACUAGGAGAGAGAGUUAUUGGAAAUUGGAGCUUGGAGAAUGGAAUACCUCACGGUCUAGACCAAUCCGUGAAGAUUGUAAGAAAACCAAUUAUUUGGCCUGGAAACACCAAAGUCCCACCAAAAGGUUGGGUUAAACCUGUGUUUGGUACAAAAUUAAGGAUCGGGAUUCCGAUAGCACCCGCUGGUUUUAAGGAAUUUUUGAAGAUAGAAUGGGAUCCUCAUACUGAUGAGCCUUCCUUCUCAGGGUUUUCCUACGACAUCUUCUUGGCUGCAUUGGAUAAAUUGCCUUUUGCACUUCCCCACAAGUUCAUUCCAUUCGCAAAUAGCUUCAGACAGAACAAUGGGACUUAUGAUGAGCUUCUUUACCAGAUUAAACUUAAGAAAUUUGAUGCUGUAGUUGGAGAUACAACAAUCGUCGCAAAUAGGACUAAGUAUGUAGAUUUUACAUUACCAUACACAGAAUCAGGUGUCUCAAUGGUGGUGAAAGUUAAAAAAGACGAGACGAAGAAUAUUUGGAUUUUCUUAAGACCUCUUAAAUGGGAUCUUUGGUUAUCUAUUGGUGUCGCAUUCAUCUUAACCGGGAUUGUCAUAUGGUUUCUUGAACAUCAUACAAAUGAAGAGUUCAGGAGUCCACAAAAAAAAAUUCCUGGCACCAUUUUAUGGUUCUCCAUUUCAACUCUAGUGUUUGCUAAUAGUGAGAAAUUAAAGAACAAAUGGUCAAGAGUUGUGGUGGUGAUAUGGGUAUUUGUGGUACUUAUCUUUACACAGAGUUACACUGCUAGCUUAGCCUCAAUGUUAACAGUACAAAAAUUGCAACCAGCAAUUAGUGAUAUUGAUGAGCUCAGAAGGAACGAUCAUUUUGUCGGUUACCUAAAGAACUCGUACGUCAAAGAGCUUUUAACAAAACAGUUGAACUUUUCAGAGUCCAGGCUAAGAUCUUAUGAAUCACCAGAGGAGUACAAUGAUGCAAUGUCUAAAGGAAGCAAAAAUGGUGGGAUUGAUGCCAUCUUUGAAGAAAUUCCCUAUGUGAAGGUCUUCCUAUCUAGGUACUGCUCCAAAUACAGAGUGGUUGGACCAACCUACAAAUCAGCAGGAUUUGGCUUUGCUUUCCCAAUAGGGGCUCCUCUUGUCUCUUACAUUUCCAAAGCAAUCCUAAAUAUUACUCAGGACCCUAAUAAGAUGCAAGAAUUGGAAACCAAGAAUCUUGAACGUGGAAUCAAAUGUGAAUAUCCUGGUUCCACAUUUUCUUCAGAUGAUUAUCCUAGUCUCAGUGUGUACAGUUUCAGUGGCCUCUUCAUCAUCACAGGAAUAGCUUCAGUUUUUUCAUAUUUGAUACAUUUGAUUAAACUCCGCGGUAAGAGGCUGUCCGCUAUGAAUGUUAUCCACCCCGAUAGCCCACUUUGCCUUUGGUCCGUAGUUACUAGAAGGGAAAAGUCUUGCCGCAGGGAUCUCCCUCAUAAUUUAAGUGCCAGAGCUGAAGCAGCGAAUAAUGGUGAUCAUUUACAGAGCCCUCCAACAGCUUUUGAACAAGAAACUGUGAAGAUCGGAAAAGUUGGUGAAGAAAAUGAAAUUCAUUAUAUAGAUUAUAGUAGACACAUCUAUGGAUGUGCCUGAUGUUUACAAGCAUGCAUGAUCGAUCGGAAGCUUUUCAAAACUGAAUUAAACUUUGAUUAUUCUUC